AGAACCACCCACGUCACCUUCACCGUGGGCGAGUCUUUCAACGAGGCCACCGUCGACGGACGCCCCUGCACGGUACACGCACACGCACGUGCACACACACACACUUAUGCAAGCAUAUACACACACACACAUAGUGCCUUUCACACCCCUUGACCUUUUCCACAUUUUGUUGUUACAGCCUGAAUUUAAAAUUAAUAACAAUUUUACUUUGUGUCACAAUACUCCAUAGUGUCAAAGUGGAAUUAUGUUUUUACACAUUUUUACAAAUUAUUUACAAAAUAAAUCUGAAAUAUAUUGAGUCAAUAAGUAUUCAAUCCCUUUGAUAUGGCAAGCCUAAAUAAGUUCAGGAGUAAAAAUGUGCUCAACAAGUCACAUAAUAAGUUGCUUGGACUCACUCUGUGUGCAAUUAUCUGUAAGAUCCCUAAAUCGAGCAGUGAAUUUCAAACACAGAUUCAACCACAAAGAACAGGGAGGUUUUCCAAUGCCUCGCAAAGAAGGGCACCUAUUGGUAGAUGGGUUAAAAAAAAAGCAGACAUUAAAUAUCCCUUUGAGCAUGGUGAAGUUAUUAAUUACACUUUGGAUGGUGUAUUAAUACACCCAGUCACUACAAGGAUACAGGCGUCCUUCCUAACUCAGUUGCUGGAGAAGAAGGAAACCGCUCAGGGAUUUCACCAUGAGGCCAAUGUUGACUUUAAAACAGUUAGAGUUUAAUGGCUAUGAUAGGCGAAAACUGAGGAUGGAUCAACAACAUUGUAGUUACUCCACAAUACUAACAUAAAUGACAGAGUAAUGUCAUUUACUAACCAAAACAUGAAUCCUGUUUUCAAUAAGGCACUAAAGUAAAACUGUUAAAAAUGUGGCAAAGAAAUAAACUUUAUGUCUUAUAUACAAAGCGGUAUGUUUGGGGCAAAUCCAACACAACACAUCACUGAAUACCACUCUUCAUAUUUUCAAGCAUGGUGGUGGCUGCAUCAUGUUAUGGGUAUGCUUGUCAUUGGAAAGGACUAGGAGUUUUUUUAGGAUGAAAAGAAACGGAAUAGAGCUAAGCACAGGCAAAAUCCUAGAGGAAAACCUGGUUCGGUCUGCUUUCCAACAGACACUGGAGACAAAUUCACCUUUCAGCAGGACAAUUACCUAAAACACAAGGCCAAAUAUACACUGGAGUUGCUCACCAGGGCGACAUUGAAUGCUCCUGAGUAGCCUAGUUACAGUUUUGACUUAAAUCAUCUUGAAAAUCUAUGGCCAGACUUUAAAAAAUGGCUGUCUAGCAAUGAUCAACAACCAACUUGACAGAGCUUGAAGAAUCUUUUUAAAGAAUAAUGCGUGUAUUUGUAUAAUCCAGGUGUGCAAUGCUUUUAGAGACUUACCCAGAAAUACUGACAGCUGCAAUCACUGCCACAGGUGAUUCUAACAUGUAUUGACUCAGGGGUGUGAAUACUUAUGUAAAUUAGAUAUUUCUGUAAAUGUUCAAUAUAUUUGCAAAAACAUGUUUUCACUUUGUCAUUAUGGGGUAUUGUGUGAGAAAAAAAUAAUAUUUAAUCCAUUGAAUUCAGACUGUAACAUACCAAAAUGUGGAAUAAGUCAAGGAGUAUGAAUACACACACACACACACACACACACACACACACACACACACACACACACACACACACACACACACACACACACAGACACACACACACACACACACACAACCCCUCUGUACUCACAUGAAUCUCUGUCCCACAGCCUAUUCACUGUCCCUAAUGAAAGCCUCGACUCAUGUUUGACCCCUAAGAUACAACUCCCCAGGUUUGAUCUGUUAGGGGAAACCCAGACCUGUGGACUGUGGAGUGCUAGAGGGACUAUGGGAUAUGAUCCAGUGUUGGCUUGGUCUCUGCUUCCACUGGGUUGAUCUAUUCUUCUUCUAACACCUCUUUAAGGUCUACAGACUCUAUUUAAUUUGGCAUUUCCCAUAUUUUCACUGAUACCAUCUGAAACCCCUCCCUUAGUCUCCUAGGGACAAUCUCACUGCACCAUUCUCCACUUCUGUUCCGUCUGAACUUACUUUCCCUCCCUCCCUCCCUCCUUUAGUCUUUCAUUCUUGCCAUGUGUCCGUCCCUAUCAAACUCUCCCUCUGAUGGCCUCUGCUUGGCCGUCUCCAGAGUAAACACACAAACACCCAGAGCCUCUCUCUACUGGCGAUGAGCACAUCACACAUCCUCACCUCCUAGUUAUUUCUCCUAUCCUCUCCUCCUUCUCUCUCUCCCAGAGGCCAUGCGAUAGCAUACACACUAGGUCACCUCCCUCUUUUUCUCUCACUCUCACCAAUUAUUCCUCUAUCAUCCAUCCAUUCACCACCCACCCAUCUGUCCAAAACAUGACUUUGAUCUCUCUGAUUAUUGUCUAACUAUAUCGCAUGUCUGUCUGUCUUUCUGUCUCUCAGAGUCUUCCAAAGUGGGAGACCGACAGUAAGAUCAGCUGUGAGCAGACUCUGCAGAAAGGGGAGGGACCUAAGACCGCCUGGACCCGGGAGAUAACCAAUGACGGCGAGCUGAUCCUGGUAAGACUCUUUUACUACUUGCUACCUGUCCUGUCAAUCAACCACAGUUAGAGCCAUUGUACUGUACAACUGUCCAUUGAUAAAGUUUGAACACAUGAUGCUUGAGGGCCUCAGUCAUUUCCCUUUCACACAAAGAAGGGAGGACUCACCUUAUCCACUACCAAUGUGUAACACCCAUCUACUGUAGCCUACACACUGUGGGGCCAGGAAAGUUUUCCAUAAUAUGAUAGUCAUCCCACCACUCCAUUCAGAUCAGUGUUAACGAGGGAGGGAAGGGAGGGGAAGAGGAGGGAAAGAACAAUGUAGGCCUACUGGAACGUAUAGCUAAUGAUCAUCAUGUAGGCCUACUGGAACAUAUAGCUAAUGAUCAUCAUGUCGACCUACUGGAACGUAUAGCCAAUGAUCAUCAUGUAGACCUACUGGAACGUAUAUCUAAUGAUCAUCAUGUAGACCUACUGGAACGUAUAGCUAAUGAUCAUCAUGUAGACCUACUGGAACGUAUAGCUAAUGAUCAUCAUGUAGGCCUACUGGAACGUAUAGCCAAUGAUCAUCAUGUAGACCUACUGGAACAUAUAGCUAAUGAUCAUCAUGUAGGUCUACUGGAACGUAUAGCUAAUGAUCAUCAUGUAGGCCUACUGGAACGUAUAGCCAAUGAUCAUCAUGUAGGCCUACUGGAACGUAUAGCCAAUGAUCAUCAUGUAGACCUACUGGAACACAUAGCUAAUGAUCAUCAUGUAGACCUACUGGAACAUAUAGCUAAUGAUCAUCAUGUAGGCCUACUGGAACGUAUAGCUAAUGAUCAUCAUGUAGGCCUACUGGAACGUAUAGCUAAUGAUCAUCAUGUGGACCUACUGGAACGUAUAGCUAAUGAUCAUCAUGUGGACCUACUGGAACGUAUAGCUAAUGAUCAUCAUGUAGACCUACUGGAACGUAUAGCUAAUGAUCAUCAUGUAGGCCUACUGGAACGUAUAGCUAAUGAUCAUCACGUAGACCUACUGGAACGUAUAGCUAAUGACCAUCAUGUAGGCCUACUGGAACGUAUAGCUAAUGAUCAUCAUGUAGGCCUACUGGAACGUAUAGCUAAUGAUCAUCAUGUGGACCUACUGGAACGUAUAGCUAAUGAUCAUCAUUUAGGCCUACUGGAACGUAUAGCUAAUGAUCAUCAUGUAGGCCUACUGGAACGUAUAGCUAAUGAUCAUCAUGUAGGCCUACUGGAACGUAUAGCUAAUGAUCAUCAUGUGGACCUACUGGAACGUAUAGCUAAUGAUCAUCAUGUGGACCUACUGGAACGUAUAGCUAAUGAUCAUCAUGUAGACCUACUGGAACGUAUAGCUAAUGAUCAUCAUGUAGGCCUACUGGAACGUAUAGCUAAUGAUCAUCACGUAGACCUACUGGAACGUAUAGCUAAUGACCAUCACGUAGACCUACUGGAAUGUAUAGCUAAUGAUCAUCAUUUAGGCCUACUGGAACGUAUAGCUAAUGAUCAUCAUGUAGACCUACUGGAACGUAUAGCUAAUGAUCAUCAUUUAGGCCUACUGGAACGUAUAGCUAAUGAUCAUCAUUUAGGCCUACUGGAACGUAUAGCUAAUGAUCAUCAUAUAGAUCUACUGGAACGUAUAGCUAAUGAUCAUCAUGUAGGCCUACUGGAACGUAUAGCUAAUGAUCAUCAUGUAGGCCUACUGGAACGUAUAGCUAAUGAUCAUCAUGUGUGCCACUGUGUGGAGUGACAUGAAGCACAAAAUGAAAACUGUCACUCUGUAAAAGGACGCGUCGCUAGAGCGAACACACCAGAGACAACUCCCUAGUUUCCUGGAAUCAGUUUGUUUUCAUUUGUCAAGGACCAUGAACAAAUGGAUCUGAUGAAUUGCACAAUAUGUGGUGUGUCUCUGAUCAUUCCAUUCCAUCUGUCACGACUUCCUCCAAAGCUGCCUCCUCUCCUUGUUUGGGCAGGCUUCGGCGUUCGUCGUCACCGGCCUUCUAGCCACUGCCGCUCCAUAUCUCAUAAUUCCAUUUGUUUUGUCUUGUCAAUUACACACACCUGUUUCAUAUCCCCUCAUUAGUACAUGUUUAAGUGUUCCCUCUGCCCCCUUGUCCUUGUGGGUGAUUGUUUAUUGUGAGGAUUAGUAGCUCGGUUGAGCUCAGUGUAUUUUUGUAUUGCCGGGGUAUUUUCCAUGUGUGCCUGUUUGUUCCAGUGCGCCUGUAUUGCGCACUGGACUGGUUAUGCUGGAUUACGGAAUAAACUCUGUAUACUGUGAUUUACCCUCCUGCGCCUGACUCCUUCAAAUCACGCAUCACUCAUGCUGAGUUUUUGGCUUCUAAUUCAAUUAGUAAACUUAGAUAAAAAAUCGUAUGGUUUCCAUGGUAAAUAAGGCCAAAACUUUGUAAUACAGAACCAUAAGAAGUCGUUCAAGACACCUCAUAUUGGAAGAGACACAAUCAUAGACAGGGACUGAACAGGAUGGAUUCAGACAGUGUUUAUAUUGGAUUUGAAUGCUUGUAUUAAAUACUGCAAAUCUUUAUAAAUUCCUUGGAUAUGAAUACCUAUAUUAAACAAAUCUAUAAAUUCCUCUCAUUCCAGACUAUGAGCGCGGACGAUGUGGUGUGCACCAGAGUCUACGUACGAGAGUGAAAUGGAAGACAACUCUUCAUCCUUCCAGCUCGCUCACCACUCAGUCAAUGAGAGAAUGGGCAGGGUGAAAGCAGCUUGUAGAAUCUAGUUUAACUCCAGUAUAUCUGUCACAAAACCAUGGGAUUGAACCCAGUCUAGUUUACCUAUAUCUAUUCAAGUUUAGUCAGUCUUGCCAAAGUUCUGUCCAGUUACUCAGUGAGGUUGUCAACCUAAAAGUGUGGGUAUUUUUCUGAGUCUUUGUACGUGCAAGGUUGUUGAUCCGUGUGUGUGUGUGUGUGUGUGUGU